AUGUCGGACGACGACAUUGAUCAAAAGGAAUACAGCAAAUUGCGAAGCAUCUACAAAUACUAUAUUGAUUCAUACAAUGCUUUGUAUCAACUAAAAACGGAAAAAGAAGAAGAAUUAAACGAGAUAUACAAAAUGAUCAAAACAGAAUUGCUUGAUUCAAAGAAACAUCUGGCUCGAAAUGUUAUAAAAGACAUUUUAAAUUUCAUUCCGUAUAACAAUCGCUAUACAAAGUCGUAUUUAUACCUUACCAAACUCAUAUCCGAUGAUUACCAUGUCAAAGAUAUCAACGACGUUCCAACUAUUUCAAACUUUCUGUUUUAUAAAGAAUAUGGAAUUAAAUUAGACGAAUCUGGUGAUUUCGACGAUAUUGAUACAGAAAAUCUGGAUAUUCAUACAGAAAAUACAAUAUACAGAGCAAUUAUGUAUAAUGAUUUAGAAAAAUUCAUUGCAUUCACAGCAAGCGAAGAAUUUGAUAACGACCAAAGACUUGAAAGCGAUUUUUAUCCAGAUUCUAAGAAAGGAUAUUCAUUACUUGAAUUAUGUUGUUACCAUGGAGCUGUUGACUGUUUCAAGUUCUUAAGAACAAAAUUUAACUCAGAAAUAACUAAAAAAUGUCUGCAAUUUUCAUUUUUAGGAGGAAAUCCAGAGAUCAUGAGUGAAUGUUUGAAAUCUCAAGAACCAGGCAAAAAAUGCAUGAAAUAUGCAAUUAUUUCACACAACAUUGAUUUUGUUACAUUCUUGAUGAAUGAAUAUGAUAUGAAAAUCGAUUUAUAUGAUUGCGGAAAUUACAACAAUCUUGAAGCAUUUUUUGUUAAAUUCGAUCAAAAUUUCGAUCAAGAUUCUCUUUCCAGUAUCAAUUCUUACUUUAUUAAAUCUGCUAUAUUUGCUAUUCCAUCUCUUUGUGAAUAUUUCAUUUCACAAGGUGCAAAUAUCAAUGAAGAGAACUAUGAAGGAAAAACCGCUCUUUUUUAUGCAUCAGAAAAAAACAGUAAAGAAAUGGCCGAACUUCUUCUUUCACAUGGUGCAAAUGUCAAUGCAAAAAAGAUGGGUAAAUGGACUGCACUUCAUUAUGCAUUAGAAAAUAAUAGUAAAGAAACAGCUGAGCUUCUUAUUUCACAUGGUGCUAAAAUCAAUGCAAAAACUGAAUCUGGUGUAAGCCCUCUUUAUUUUGCAGUACGAGAUAAUUAUAAAGAAAUGGUCGAGUUUCUACUUUCACACGGUGCAAAAGCUAAUGAAACAGAAUUUUAUGGAGAUACUCUAUUUCAUUAUGCUACAGGACAGAAUUAUAAAGAAAUAGUCAAAGUAAUUCUUUCACAUGGUCAAAAUAUCAAUGAAAGAAAUGAAUAUGGAAAAACCGCUCUUCAUAUUGCAGCAGAAAAUAAUUAUAAAGAAAUAACCGAACUUCUUCUUUCACAUGGUGCAAAGGUCAAUAUAACAGAUUAUAAUGGAUGUACUCCACUUCAUAUUGCUGCAAUUGAAAAUAGUAAAGAAACAGCCGAAUUUCUUAUUUCACAUGAUGCAAAUGUCAAUGCAAAAGACGAUGAUGGAUGUACGUCACUUUAUUAUGCUGAAGAAAAUGAAAAUAAAGAAACAGCCGAAGUUCUUAUUUCACAUGGUGCAAAAAUAUAA